GUCACAUCAUGAUCAGACCUCCUGCAACUUGAAUUCAAAUGUAUAGUGAGGAAUAGCUAUCACCAUGGAUCCUCACCCACAGGCGGAUUUUGCCAUUGUCGAAAAGCGCAUUCGAGCUGUUACAACCAUGCUACGAAACAUGGGCCGUCAUAGUCUGCCGUUGGUGGAUCCUAAACAUGUCCCUUCCCUCUUACGCCACUUUGCCAAUAUUAUCAUCCACGAUGACAUUUCCAGCUCUAAAGAAAAGAAAGCUAUUUCAGUGACAGGUGCCAUUUUUCAUGAUGGGGUGAACAUGAAGCUCCAGGCAUUAAUAGUCACCCAAAAUCUCUACCCCUCUUCUCCCUUGUCCGAGUUAAAGUUAGAAGAAGUGACUAAAUCUCACAAAUUGUUUCAAGAAGUUGUCAACAAUAGAAAUGGUGAUGUAUCCCUCAAAGAACGCGUCUCAGAUGUUUGGACAGCCUUGGCAUCCUUCGACAUCAGGAAAACCCUCCGCUACAAAUUUAGGCUAAGUAUGUAAAACUUUCUCUAAUUUAUGAUAAUUUCGAUAAAUUAGACAACUUAGCGGUUUAGAGAGACUUUUUUACUGCCCCACAAGGAAUUCGUUAUGCA